ACCACGGGUUACACCGCUUUUUAUUCGUGUGUAAGUUUGGAUAUAAAGCGUGUGGAUUUGUGGUGUUACCUAAGGUUUAGCUGGAGGCCGGCGGAGGGAUCUAUCUGAUCUUUGUAAAUAUUGGCAACGGCUGGGCUCGAGGCAGAGUGGCGCGCUUCUCUGGAUGCAGCAGGCAACGUCUGAAUUAUUUAUUUUUUUUGGACCGGACUACCGAUGGAUUUCCCCCGCGUAACCGUGUCGUUUUGGCCGUGAGAAGAAGCGAGGACUCCGCUGUUAUCUUGGCUCUUUACGUGGCUAUUUCCCAGCUGUGUUUUAAUUUUUAUCGGGACAAGUCACGAGCAGCAUGCUGCUCUCCAAACUGGGCUCCUUGUCUCACAUCUCGUCCAGCAUGGAUCUGCCGGCGAAGCUGCAGCAAGCCAAAGCGGAGAAGCAGCCGUUUGAGAAGCUGUACCGGCUCGGUUCGGUGCUCGGUAGCGGAGGAUUUGGCACGGUCCACGCGGCGGUCCGCCUCGCCGACGGGCUGCCGGUAGCGGUGAAGCAUGUGUGCAGGGACAGAGUGACUGAGUGGGGCUCUCUGUGCGGCGCGGUGGUUCCUCUGGAGAUCGUGCUGUUGAAGAAGGUGGGCGGGGCGUUUGGCGGCGUGGUGCGCCUGUUGGACUGGUGGGAGCUGGCGGACGGCUGGCUGAUGGUGAUGGAGCGCCCCGAGCUGGGGCAGGACCUGUUCGACUACAUCACGGAGCGCGGCCCGCUGGAGGAGGCGGCGGCGCGCGGCUUCCUCCGCCAGGUGCUGGAGGCGGUGCGUCACUGCUACGCCUGCGGCGUCGUCCACCGGGACAUCAAGGACGAGAACCUGCUGGUGGACCUGCGGACCGGACAGAUCAAACUCAUCGACUUCGGCUCAGGGGCGCUCCUCAAAGACACCGCCUACACAGAGUUCGAUGGUACGCGGGUGUACAGUCCUCCGGAGUGGAUCCGGUUCCACCGGUACCACGGCCGCCCGGCCACCGUCUGGUCCCUCGGCGUGCUGCUGUACGACAUGGUGUGCGGGGACAUCCCCUUCGAACAGGACGAGGAGAUCCUGAGAGGACGGCUCUACUUCAGACGCCAGAUCUCCUCAGAGUGCCGGCAGCUGAUUGGCUGGUGUCUGAGCCAGCAGCCGUCUGACCGGCCGACCCUGGAGCAGAUCCUUCUCCACCCGUGGGUGACGGGCAGCGACGGGCAGCAGGCGCACGGCGCCGCCAUCACGCUCCACGCCGUCACAGCGGCCGCCCCCCCCUCCAGCGAGCAGGCCCUCUGAUUGGUCAACGCAAGGCUGUUUUCGAAGUGUUUUCCGGUGGCGGGGGCGAGUCAUCACAGUUCAGGAUUGGGUCGACUCCACGGCCCCCCCCCCAACCCGUCCACAGACGGUACAUCCGCUCUUAAAGAGCCUAAACGCCGGCCUGGUGUUUGUGUUUCAGAGUGCCUUGAGUUCGAAGGUUGCUGUGGGCAGAGCGUUGCCACGGCAACCAACUUAAGUUCAGAAGUGGGUCGGGAGGGUUGUUCAGACGUUCCUAGAGUUCAGAUAAUAACAUUUAUAAACAAAGAUAAACGUGUUAAAUCAUC